CCCGUGGUUCGCAAGUGCGCAGGCGCGCGCCCCCUUCCGCGCAUGAGCAGUGCUGCUCCCAGCCCGCCAGUCGCGGUCUCCGGCGCCAGCUACGCCGCUGCCGCUGUCACUAUGGCCCAUUACAAAGCCGCCGACUCGAAGCGUGAGCAGUUCCGGAGGUACUUGGAGAAGUCUGGGGUGCUGGACACGCUGACCAAGGUGUUGGUAGCCUUAUAUGAAGAACCAGAGAAACCUAACAGUGCUUUGGAUUUUUUAAAGCAUCACUUAGGAGCUGCUACCCCAGAAAAUCCAGAAAUAGAGCUGCUUCGCCUAGAACUGGCUGAAAUGAAAGAGAAAUACGAAGCUAUUGUAGAAGAAAAUAAAAAACUGAAAGCAAAGCUUGCUCAGUAUGAACCACCUCAGGAGGAGAAGCGUGCUGAAUAGGAUUCUUCUCAGUUGAAAGACAAUGAAAAAUGGUUUUGUAUGACUUGAAUAGUUUGUAUAGUAUAUAAUCUUUUUUGAACAGAUGCUAUAGAACUCUUUUAAUAUGUUUAAUUCACUUGUCACAUUCUGUUAAAAACACAUAGAAUCAUCAAUAAAAACUCAAUGUAACUUUCUUUGGGUCUUAAAGCAGGAGAAUCCAAAGUAAAUCCUGAAAAAACCUAAACACAGCCAUCUAACUCAUUACCUUAAAAGACAUUCUGUUUAUUAGUCUGAUUAGGAAUGAUGGCACUGGUUGUAUUUUAGCCAAGGCAGUUUAGCAUGGAGCUAUUCCUUGGUGUAGUUCAGGAUAUGAACACAGGUACAGUCAUUCUUUGAAGGUGACACUGUUGUAUAUAUUCCCUAUAGGCAGCUGGAGAGAUCUGUGUGACACAAGAUGCUUUUGUACGGGUUCUCAUGAAUCUUCUGCUCUUGUUUGUGUAACAUGGAACAAACAACUCUUCUUUGCCACCACUUUGCCUUAGAAAACUGUGUGUGUGUGCCAGUUUGAACUCUGACACCAUAUUUUCCUUCUAUGCAAUCAUGGCUUGUCUGAUAAUCUUGGAUUGGUUUGCUCUGAGCUUUAGUGGGUCCUAGUUGCACACUGGCCUUUCUGUGCUGUUUUUCAAUUUGCCUAAUAGCAGUUACCCUCAUUGUAAUUUAUGUAACUUUAAACAGGAUCAUACUGUACCCCCUCUCUGCCGUAUCUGCUUACUGAGCACAGAACAGAGGCAAUAUACAACUCUGGGUUCACACAUGAGCUGGGAUGAGAAGAGUGAGCCAUAUAUUGUGGAAAAUCAUAGUUUGUAGGUAUAAUUAUACAGUGCUUUUUUUCCCCUCAAAAUAUUUUUCUAGCCCUGGAUUCAUUUUAUUAUCCCUGUGAUGUAGGUGGGGCAAGUAUGAGGGGAAGUUGGGUGCUGAAUUUUUAGGCCAAAGACUGAUAUUAAUACAAAUCACUCACUAACUGUAGAGCCUUGGGCAUAUCAGUGAACUGCUCUGAGAUUUACCGUCUUCAUCUGUUUAAUGAGAAGAAUAUCCAUGAUGCCUACCUCACAGGGUUGUUGUGAGGGUCAAAUGAGAAUGUAUGUGAAAGAUUUGUAAAUGGUAAAGUACUAUAUUCUUGUUUGUUAGUCCUUUUUCCUUUCUUUGGGUAGACCUACAGUCAGAUGUUUUGUUUUAUUGAUCGCUUAUUUUCCUUAUUGAUAGACCUCCCUGUUGUUAGAGAACGUAUCUUUGUUUUUGGUCAAAACAUACAUAGAAAACAAAAUGAUCCAUUGAAAACUGGUUUAACUAGCAAAAGCCUUGGUACUUGUUAGAAACUAUGACCAAGCCAAUUACAAGGGCAUUUAAAUCAGUCGUGUUAGCAGGAAUGUGGCAAUGGCUGGUGCCUCUUCUAGUCACAAGUUUGUUUUUGGAGGGGAGCCAGAAGAACAUUUGCCUGAAUAGAUUGUCUUUUUUACUAAUUUGACUGCCUCCUACAUGGGCAGCAGUGGAUUAAGUGCUGGGUGUGAUAAAGAGGAAUGACUUAAUUGAGACAUUUAUAUAAUCAGAUACAGUGUGGGUUAGGACCUGUGACAAACCAUUAUAAUAAAACAUGGCCCCAUGAGGGUUUUGGAAGAGA